AAAGAAACACAUAAAUUAAAAGCGAAUACAAUAAUAAUAAUACUAAUACCAUUUCUUUGACUAUUCACAACAACAAACAUCGUAGACGCCUUCUUCUUCUUCUUCUUCUUGUUUUGCUUUUUGUUUUGGUUUUCGCUUUUACUUUUGAUAAAUACAACAACUACUACAACUUCUUCUUCUCUGGUUAAUCAUCAAUAACAAGAAGAACAUGUCAAGUAAUAAGAAGAAAGUGCUAUCUGUUGAAGAUGUAAUCAAGUCCGUUGGAUUAGGUUACGAUCUAACACACGAUCUCAGACUCAAAUCAUGCAAAUAUCAUUCCAAAUUAAUUGCUAUUGAUCAUGAUAAUCUUCGUACUAUCCAACUUCCCGGUCGUGUUUCAAUUCCCAAUGUUCCCAAAUCCAUCAAUUGUGAUAAAGGCGAUCGUAUGAGAUUGUCUUCUGAUGUUCUUUCUUUUCAGCAGAUGUCUGAGCAGUUCAACCAGGAGGUGUCACUGAAUGGUAAGAUUCCAACGGGCUAUUUCAAUUCUGCGUUUCAGUUUUCCGGAGUUUGGCAAAGAGAUGCUGCAAAUACCAAGACUCUUGCUUUUGACGGUGUAUCCAUCACACUUUACAACAUAGCACUUGAUAAAACGCACGUAGUUCUGAGUGAUCAUGUUAAACAAGCUGUUCCUUCGUCCUGGGAUCCCGCUGCAUUGGCAAGGUUCAUUGAGAAAUAUGGAACCCAUGUUGUAGUCGGGGUGAAAAUAGGGGGAACCGAUAUAAUUUAUGCAAAGCAGCAGUACUCGUCUCCUCUCCAACCUUCUGAUGUACAGAAAAAACUGAAGGACUUGGCAGAUGAAUUAUUCAGAGGGCAAGCUGGACAACGUAACACCAAUGACGGGAAAGAAAAGUUUAUGGCCGGACUAGGAUUCCCUGACAUUCAAGCUCAAUCCUACCAUGAAACAGAGGUUCAGGAUAUCAAGUUUAUGUACAAGAGGAAAGGUGGAAAUGGGAAAAAAAAUCUAAGUCAUAAUGAGUGGUGCCAAACUGUUUUGUCUCAACCUGAUGUAAUAUCAAUGUCAUUCAUACCAAUUACAUCUCUACUUGGUGGAAUAAAUGGGAGCGGAUAUUUAACUCAUGCCAUAAACCUCUAUUUACGAUAUAAGCCAUCAAUUGAAGAGCUGCAUCAAUUUUUGGAGUUCCAGCUUCCAAGGCAAUGGGCCCCUGUAUUUGGUGAACUUGCCGUUGGUCCUGAUAGAAAGUCACAGAGUUCUUCAUCUUUACAAUUCAGUUUUAUGGGUCCUAAGCUCUAUGUAAACACAACACCGGUUGAUGUAGGGAUGAAGCCUGUGACAGGCCUUCGAUUGUAUUUGGAAGGAAAGAAAAGUAAUUGUUUGGCAAUCCAUUUACAGCACCUUUCCACCCUCCCCAAGACAUUCCAACUUGAGAACAACGCUAAUGGAAAUGUAGCUGAUGCCGCUGCAGAGCGUAAAUACUAUGAAAAGGUCCAGUGGAAGAGUUUUUCUCAUAUUUGCACGGCUCCUGUUGAAUCCUACGACGACAAUACUGUUGUGACUGGUGCUCACUUCGAAGUGGGAGAAACUGGUAUGAAAAAAGUUCUCUUCCUAAGACUUCAUUUCCGUAAAGUUACCAAUGCAACCCGUGUGAGAGCACCAGAAUGGGAUGGUUCACCUGGCUUGACCCAGAAAUCUGGAAUGAUCUCAACCUAUAUCAGCGCUCGGUUUUCAGGUCCACAAAAACCACCGCCACCACAGCCAUCAGAAGUAAAUGUGAACUCUGCUUUAUACCCUGGUGGGCCUCCUGUGCCUGCUCAGUCGCCUAAACUUCUGAGGUUUGUCGACACAACAGAAAUGACAAGAGGACCACAAGAUUUGCCUGGCUACUGGGUUGUGUCUGGGGCAAGGCUUUAUGUGGAGAGGGGUAAAAUAUCACUUAAAGUAAAAUAUUCUCUUUUAACCGUGAUUUUGCCAGAUGAAGAGACAGCAAGUUAUUGAAACUAUUGAAUGUGGAAGAGGUGGAAGAUGAAUUCUCAUCAGAUUAAGUAGUUCAAUGAGAUGUGCGUGUGUAAAUAAUAGUGUCUGAUUCUUUUCUAUUGUACAUUUGCUCUAUUCAUUAUAGGUGUUACUAUUUGAUGUUGUCAUUAUUAUUUGUGUAUACCUACACAACAAAUCUUUUGGGAGAAUUCCUUGAUGUAGUUUUGAGAAAAGCUUGUGUGAUCAAUCAUGCUCCUUAGUUUUUUGUUCUGUAUGUUUAUGAAUGUAUUUUUGUAUUGGUGACUUCUUGCAUGCAGACAAUGAAAAAGGGCUUUAAUUUCAACUCUA